AUGACUCGUUUAUUUAAUUCUAUGAUAUCUCAGAUUGGCCAUCAUAUGAAUAAAUGCUAUACCGCAAAUGGUGUUGGUCUCUUUAGGUCAUGCUUUCAUUCUUCUGCUGUUACUCAAGUAAAACAAUUAGGAGUUGUUGGAGCCGGUCAAAUGGGGAUAGGCAUUGCUCUGGUUGGAGCUAAAGUUGCACAAUUACCGGUUAAAAUUUUGGAUACAAACCUUAAACAGAUCGAAAAAGGGUUGAAAUUAGUGGACGUAUUGAUUAGCAAGGACGUUUCUAAAAAUCGUAUUACGGAUGAAGAAGGAGUUUUUAUAAAAAAGCGGAUCACAACUGUAACAGAUAUUUCCGAAUUGUCAGAUGUUGAUUUUAUUAUCGAAGCAGUUUCUGAGAAUAUUGAUUUAAAAAGAAAAUUUUUUGAAGAUUUGGAUAAUGUUUUAAAUAAGGAAUCAAUUUUAGCUACAAAUACUAGUAGUAUUAGUAUCACUAAGAUUGCUGCUGCUACGAAAAGACCUGAAAAGAUUAUUUCAGGAUUAACUACCUCCGAUGAAACUUUAAAUAUCACGAAAAAAUUAGCAAUAUCUAUGGGUAAAACUUGUACACAAUCUCAAGAUGUUCCAGGGUUCAUCGCUAAUAGAUUGUUGAUGCCUUACAUUAAUGAAGCUAUAAUUGUUCUUGAACAGGGCAUAGCAACACGAGAAGAUGUUGAUACAACUAUGAAACUUGGUACUAAUACACCUAUGGGACCUUUAACAUUAGCUGAUUUUAUUGGUCUUGACACGUGUUUGGCUAUUAUGAAAGUAUUGCAUAAUGAGCUUGGUGAAAAAUAUAGACCUGCCAUAUUAUUGCAAAAGUAUGUUGAUGCGGGAUUGUUGGAUUCUAUUAAAGUAAUUUGGGCUGAGUUUCCAGAAGUGAUACAAGAAAUAAAACUUAUUCAUCUUAUUCUUUGA